AUGAUCUUCGAUCCCAAAUCCUUAGACCUCCCAACUUCUUAUGAACAUGUCCCAACAUCGGGUCAUGUCAUCGUCAAGCAUCAUCCACCGGGUGCCCCAACGGUGACUCCCGUCGUUGUGGUUACGCUGAAUCGCCCUCAAAAUCAGAAUGCUUUCACUGGACAAAUGGUCUUCGAUUUUGAGAAACUAUACGCCCUAUUUGACGUGGAUGAACGUGUCAAGGUCAUCGUGCUAACUGGCGCUGGCAAGACCUUCUGCGCUGGUGCAGAUCUGGAUAUUGGCUUUCAAAGACACGUCGGCAAAGAGAGACCGGCAGAUCACCGUGAUGGUGGCGGGCGUGUUUCACUCGCGAUUCAUCACUGCCGCAAGCCCACUAUCGCAGCGAUGCAAGGAUCUGCAGUGGGUGUGGGCAUGACCAUGACUCUGCCCACUAUUAUACGGAUUGCCUACGAGAAAGGAAAAUACGGAUUUGUAUUCGGACGCCGCGGUAUCACAAUGGAAGCAUGCUCAUCAUAUUUCCUGCCUCGUCUGGUCGGUCACUCAAACGCCAGCUACCUCGUCAGUACUGGUGCUGUAUUCCCACCCACCGCAAGACACUUCGGAAGCUUGUUCAAUGAAAUCAUGCCAGAAGCAUCUCAGGUUCUCCCCCGAGCUCUCGAGCUAGCCACUGAGAUUGCCGAGAACGUCAGUCCGACCGCGUCCUAUAUCAGCCGCGCCAUGAUGUGGCGCAACGUGGGCUCACCCGAAGGCGCGCAUCUGGUCGAAUCAAAGUCGAUCUUCCACAUGUUCGCAUCAGCAGAUCAGAAGGAAGGUGUCGCCGCGUUUUUCGAAAAGCGAAAACCUAACUUCCGGGCCAAUUUGGAUGAUGAUGUGCCUGCACAUGUGCCUUGGUGGACGGAGGUUGAUACUGGUAGGGCACCCAAGGCCAGCACUUCGUCAAAGCUGUAG